AUGGGUUCGGUGCACGGCAAGCACCGGCUCACCAGAUCCGAAGCCCGGUCGCUAGCCUCUCAGACGCAUUUCACAGAAAAACAAAUAAAUAAAUGGCACCGGAUUUUCUUGGUGAGUAGACGUCUCUUUCUGCCGAACUUUUGUGUAAACAGGGAAGUUGCAGGCCUUUAAAGCAUGUCCGGAUUUGCUUUUGGCCUCCAGUAGACCACGUUUUCGUGGGCGUCCAGAGGGUUUGCUUUAAAUGACUCGGUCUUAUUUCUGGAGCUGCACGAAGUGGUGUUCACGAUGCUGAAAUGAGAGCAAAUUAUGAUUCCCGACCUGAGUGCGGGAAUUUUUGAAGACCGUCUGGAAUUUUUGUUAGGUACGACAACCGUGCUUCUUAAUCCUUGCCUAUAUUUGACGUCUUAACGUAGUUUGUACGUACAAACUUAAUUAAUUCCUAAGGUAAUCUCGCGUUACAUCGAACAGCAGAUCAUUUUAAUGCUCUUACCGAUAAAGAGACGGUGCGGCUUCGUGUCAGCUGCGCACACUGCAGCAUUGUUAGCAUCAAAUUAGUAAUUCUUUUUGUGUCCGAACUUUUGCGUGAUAGCAGCCGUUCUCGAAGGUGCUUUGCGUUCACAGUAUUCUGGUGCGAUUUCAAGAAGGACUAUGUCGAAAUUCGCUCCCAUUUGGCGAUUGCUCGUGUUCAGUUAGGGAAUAUUUAACGGGCGCGCGAAUGCAUUCUGGCACAUUUGGGCAGCUUUUUUGUGAUAUUUAGCACAUAUAUGGAAGUAUUUGCGUUAAAAUUUUCGCGUUGUCGCAACGGAAUUCCGCGUGCCCUGGCGCUGGACAGAACGUCAACCAGCUGCACUGCACAAAAGUGCAUUACAGUUUGCAUGACCUAUGUGGUUAUUAAUUUCUGCCGCCCGUCAUCGCUGUCUUGUAAGGCUUUGCCUUGGAUAAUUGAACUUUCCUUUCAUAACUUCGUUCUUAAUAAACUACAACCAGGUAUACAAAUUUCCCUCAAAAUUAUGCUCAGGUUAGCAAAUGCAAGGAGAUAUGGGUCGAUAAUCACAGAACUAUAAAGGGCUUGCCGGAUCAGUGGAAUUGAGUGGCUGACGUUUCGGAAGGCUAGGCCGGCUCUUCAUUCACUGCCUUGGCCUUCUGGCCGUUGUCUUUGAAAGUAAGCGGCCUCCUGUGUUGUAUGUCGUCACCCCAAUGGGGUUUGGCAGCACCUGCUCUGUCACUGAAACCACAAAUAUGUUGUAACGAUGGUGGCUGCAACUACGUUCGGGAAACCAUACGGAAGUGGGAAACCCGCCCACUCGGGCACAAACUAAUGACACGGAAAAUAGACCCAAACUCAUAGCUUGCAACUUACAUCGGAAAAAUUAGCCACAGUUUUGACUUUCACGGAGCAGCGGUAUUAAAUCGGGGUACGCCAAAGACAGAGCGUUUCACACUUGAGACUUGGCACUCAGAUGCCAACUCAAUCAACAGUCAUGUAAACAUUCCUUCGGCCUAUAUACACCAUGAUGGGGACAACACGGUCACUUCGCCUGAUCCGCUGGGCCCCGGCUCGUAUUUCCCAGGUUAAAAUUAUGCUUUUCGUACUUUCCUGUAGGCGUUUCUUUGCGCAAAUUCCAUGUUGAUCGAAUUUGCGCCGUCGUAGGCAGGCGGGCUAAACAGUGCAGAGUGCCUCACGGAAGUCAAAACGGCUGAUUCCCCAAAGCCAGCGUCUGCCUCUUCACUCCUGAAUUUACGUUUUGUAACAGUAGGAUGUCCAUCAACUUGCGUCAUUAGGGGUUUCCGGUGGAAGCGAUAGACUUUGAGAAGUGAAAUUGCAAAAGCGUUUAUUUUAGAAUUGAAAAAAGGGAGCAUUACUGCUUCUGAAAGCCUAAUUCUGCUACUGCAGCCCUUUCUCUUUGGCAAUUCGCAUCUUAAGGAAAUCCAGCCAGGGAAACUAGGACCUAGUUCCCUCACUUUACAUCUUCUGAAAGAAUCUUAAUUGAUAUUUAUUCGUGAACCUGUAAGAGUUAGUCUAAAUGUCCUUCCUGAAGUAACUGGAAUGAAAUUUUGAGGGUAAACAUUGAAAUAUCUUCCUUCCGCCUGCUCAAGGGUACAGGUAUUCUGUUAUAUACGUUUCUACAGCAGCUGAGCCUUUGAUGCAAGACGUUGAUAUUCUUAUAUUUGAACGAGUUGAAGACAGUAUUACUUUUCCGCACUCUCCGCGCGUGGGACAUAUAUCUCAUUCACAUUUUUAAAAGCGAUCACGAUUGGCCUUUUUCGCUGAAAAAUUAUGUCGAUCGGGGUUGCCGCCAUGUGUUAAUGUACUCCGUUCACAUCGAGAGAUUUCCCAGAAAUAUUGGAAAUACGACGCCCUUCGUAUGUGUGAAAAGCUGUUUUUCGAAUUUUAAAAGAGCCUUGUCUUCAACGUGGACAGUAAUGCGUUUCAACCGUGUACUGCCAUACACUUGAAGCUUCAGCAUCCAUAAGCAAUAGCGGUUUUUAAAAGGCUCAUUAUUUAAAUUACCUUAUAUUACUCAAUAAUUUCAGACACUAAUCUCUCUUAGUCUGUGGGAUUGAGUCACCUACCUAAGCUCCAGAACGCUUUAAUGAGAUUACCCACAAAUCACUGCGACUGAGUUAUAUAGCGUAGGUGAAGUUAAAACACACGACUACUGGAAGAAAUAAGUGAAGUCUAUUAUGAAAAACAUCGUGCGGACAAGCACGCUAAACGUCUUAACCGAAUCCUGUCACAUUGGCCGUUAUUUUCGUUAUUUAAGACCCAACUGUUUUUGAUCUAUCCUAGACUACGUUUUUUAAAAAAAAUCCACAUGGUAAAAUUGCUGAGGCCAUUAAAUCUGGUGACCUUAUUAGGCAGGUCAUGCGUCGGAAAAUUCGAGUUACUGAAUGAUGGCGUAAUACAGUUUUAAAUUUCGCCUAAUGUGGGACGGGUAAACAGUGUUCACCGGCAUCAUUUGCUAUUGGCUUAAGAGACUUAUCGAUCCAGUUGUGGCAGCCUGCAUCAUUAACCGCGGGGACCGAAAUCUAGUCAUGCCAUUUAAGGCAAAAUUUAAGCACACCAACGUACGCAGUGACGUGGCAUGAAUUUCAGUUGAUGGAGAACGAAUGUCCCUCUGCCAUAAAUACUGGAGUUUCCGAUGCCCACGUUAAAAAUUCGGUCUCCAUCCAACCACAUUUAUUGCUGCGACUCAGCUUCAAAUUGUGAAUGCUUAUGGUUCACCUUUCGGUCGUUCCACAAAAUUCUGCCUCCGAAACAUCCUUUCAAACGUAUGAACGAUUCUCUGAAGUGCCCCGACGUCAUUGCAGCACUUUGUGUCGCAUGAAGUCUCUGUUCACUGUCAUGGGAAAUGCGCUCACCGGUCAGGCUAUGAGACGUGUUCGUCGUCUCGCGUUUUUGGGUCAAAUCAAAGAUUCUCUGACGCAAUCUAGUAGCCACCAACAAUACAUACAUAAAGGAAAUGCAGAUAACGACAAGGGAAAUUGGGGUGGCAGUUUCUGAUCUUCAAAUGUUGCCAGCCAUCCGCACCCUGUCCAAGGUUGGGGGAACUUGGAAUGCGAACUUGAAAUUCUUAGCCAUUCACCGUUUACACAGUUAACGCUUUACCAUUGAUCCACGGGCUCCCUCUACACGUCAUCGGCUUUUGGGUUCACAUGCAGUCCUGAACCCUUCUACCUACGCAAAACUAAAUGAUCUAGCGAUAUCUGGAGGGCUGCGACACACAUUUCUCCGAACCUCUCGUCUGUUUACCUUCUAAAUGAGUUAGAGAACGGAAGUACCCCGCGUCUUAUAGGUGGGCUUAGGCUUAGAUUCAGGGGCAGCGGGAGGGUGUGAGGGCGCCAAUUAACUGUCGGUAGAUUGCAGACCGUGUCAUAUGGGGUUUUAUCGUAACAUUUAUUCGCAAACCGCUGCAGGUCUUACAGUCCAGCCACAAUUGCUUCGCACGAACAUAAACCAUAACUCAAACCCUUAUUUUCUGUGAUAAAUUGCUCUUUGUGAAGUUUUAAUGAACGCACCCAUGUCCGUUGCCAUAUGUAAACGUACGACAAGACUUUCGACUAAAAGUCCAACCGAUUUCUGUGCUUUCUUGUGUUCCGUCAGCUUACUAUCUGGCGCGCUGUCCAACCCGUAAAACCUCCUAUUACCACCAUUCCCGUAUGAAACGAUCCACAAUCUACCGACAGUCAAGUGGAGUCCUUCAUUUUGCCGUUGCCGAUCCAGGAGACCUAGGGUCAGAGUUAGCAGUUGCGUUACCGUUAGUGUUUGAGCUUAAGUUAUAAGAGUUAGUGUUAGGGUUUGGUUUAUAAGGGUAGAGUUGUAGUGAGUGCAAUGCUUAGGGUUGAGGUCGGGACACGACCAUGGGUGCCCUCUCGGAAUUCGGCGGAAGGCCACCUGCAGGUUGUGAAUACAUAUUCCCCUGCCUGACCGUUUAGAAUUUAAUUUCAACAAUUUGCGACAACCAUAGCCUAUGUUUUUGACCCUGUAAGACCGUUUUGAUUGGCUGUCCUUUUCCUGCACUUUCUGCAUUGAUUGCCUCGACAAAACCUCUGCAGCCGAUGUGCCUUGCAUAAAGUCCAAUUCACUUAAAAAGGCGUCUGUCGUGUACAUUUCAAAGUAACCUGUUUUUCGCAAAGACCUCCAUACUUCGAAUUCAUGUAUGAAUUAGGACGCUGGCCUCCAAAAACGUGCAUACCACAAAAAGGAGGUCUUUGCAAGAGUCGAGGUGUGUCCAUGACUAUUCAGACUGGUGACGUCAACCUGCCGUCACGCCAAAUGAAUAAUGUGAUGUGGAAUUAUCGUACCACAGCGUUCUGGGAAAACACAUUAAGAUCGCACCAACGGGCAAAUGUCCAUGAAGAGGGGGUGAACAGAGGUUCAUUAUGGUUGGCAGAGGGCGAGUGAGUAACUUUGGUUAUGGUCUGUCACGUGUGGUGAGAUGGCCGAAUAGGGAUAACAGUUGUUUUAUGGAUGAGCUCAGAGGGUCUGUGGACCAUGUGCGGAGAUUUUCUUAGUGAGUGUCCAGUUUAAAAUGAUAAAUUGUUUUGUGUGUGCUAAAAUGCCUGGUCUCGAGGUCUUUCUGCCUCUGUUCUGUUUCUGCUAUACUAAUCUAUUCGGUGCCGAUCAACUCGAAGCCGUCUUCAAGUUCAAGAACAUGCGCAAAAACGAAAUGCGACGGAGUAACUUCGAUGGCCCGUCUGCUUGUAUUUGCCAAUGCGGACCGUUGGCGGUCGACCCGCACGACCGGCGUAAACGCAAGAGCAAACAGAACACGGAACGUCUUAGGUGUUACCGUUUGGCUGUUCUUCAUGCACGGAUUAUGUUAGUCGAAACACUCUACAUGUCGUGAGCCUUAGAGAUUUCUUCCAUGUAAGGCAGGGAAUAGCAUUUCUGCAGUACCACUCCGUCCUUUGGCUGUAUACGGCUUCUGGGACUUUUUUCACAAAACUGAUCCUCUUAUUCAUUGGAUUAAAAUAACUGAUUUAGGUAAGGAAGUUCUCUCUUAGGCAGAUCUCUCCGUUGCGGCAGUAACCAAUGACCCCGCAAGAACGAGGUCGGAUACAACUUAUUUUUAUGCUGUUUGCUUUUGUAGCUGAAAAUUACUCAUUUCUAUAGUUCUUUCUUAGUUUUUCGAAUAAGGGGCUCAGUUUUGUAGGCACUACACUCCUUUUCGGAAGUUUAGUGACUCUCUUAGAUAGACCUGUCUCAUUGAUUGGAAGGAGACUAAGGUGCAGAUUCUCUUGAAGAUCAGCUUGCGUCUUUACUCCGACACCUUUAAUGGUAAUUUUUAUUUGGUGCAGCACGUUCUCAGCUAAAUUAUGUAUAUAGGCUGCUGUCUUGAAGCGGUAAAGACGAUUAUAGAGAUCAGACAAGAUGGAAUUCAAAGCAUUGAAUUCCCUUUCUCCUGCAAGGAAUCCCAUAGUCGCUCCUUGUAGAGUCCACUUGAAUUGAAAUUAACUCACUAAGUUCAAGUGUUCAAGGCAGCAGUGAAGAAAACUCUGCCCCUCGAAAGUCGUCAAGUCCCAACGCGAACGUAUCUUCGCGUACAAAUCAAAGAGAUUUUUGGCGCCUAUACAUAUUUGUUGAACUGAGUUAGUAUACAUUUUCAACUAUUUAAUUAAAAAAGAAUUGACAUUUACCUAUUAGUGCGGUGGGAGACUUUGCUAGACGAAUUACAGCCCGAAAAUGCCUGUCCCUUCUAGAGCCCUCAAAGGCAAAGUUAAUGUUAUCCAUCGUUUAGAGUGCAUGGCUCGAGCUUACAGCUUUCUUGUAUCGUUUUAUCAUGGAAUGAUUCUUUGUCUGAGAUGUAAGUACAAGUUUAAUAUUCGGACGACUUCAAAAUGUUACAUUUCGGACUAUGUCUACUCGAAAACAGGUAGACUAGCAGCUAUAUUUAACCGUCCAAAUGCCCCCUGUCAACGUCUAGUCAACCGCACAAUUAAUAAUGCAGAUAGGAUUGCCGUAAAGGGUAUUCCAAUUCAGAAGUUGGGACGCGUAUUGCUUCGGACAGGAUAAAAUGUUCCUGCUCCUGCCCAGUAUUUUGCAUGUUUUAACUCCACUACUGAGCUAUGCAGUACGAUGCGCGACUUGUUCAUUUAGUGUGAUGACGUGUUUUAACUGAGACUGCUGCGCUGAACAUGUGGGAGUACUGCAUAGGCGAUUUUCUGUUUUAAAUAGUUGACAUGGCGUUUGUAGCGGGAGCAGUAGAUGCAAAUGAUUGCAGCAUUCAGAAGUAUAGUUAGUUCGUUUUACUUAAGACAUGGACUCAACUCAUUUAUUUCAACUGUUUCUGACAGAUAUGGCCCCACAAAAUUAACUCUUACUUCAGUAAAAUCAAGAUGUGUUUAAAUUUAUAUAAUUAAUACGCUUUUUGAACUUUCGGUUAGAAUCGUUUGCUGGAGAUUGUUAGCAGACAUAGUGGAUGGCGAGAUCAAAAAAUGUUGACUUCAACCGAAAAGGUGUUCCAAAUAAAAAAAUCUCCCUAUGUGGUAUUGAAGGUGUUAAUAACCAUGAAAUGUUACACCAGGGUAUUUCAUGCAUUCCGUCCUUGGCUCAAGCCUGCCACCUUCAAGCGUUUUUCUCAUUAAGCUUUGGCGUUUGUAUGUGCUUACCUGCACUUUUGAAGGAAUGAGCACUAAGUGAUCAGUUUAGAGAAGAUUAUCGUCCCGAACUUAAGCAUCCUUUUAAAUUAGGAUACAAAUCUAAAAGACGACGUCCCGAAAACUUAACUGUAGUUUAAGUAGUCUAUUAGCAGAAGACUACUAGUAGUCUAGGCUGUUAACUUCUGAGGAAAUUGAAAAGCAGCAAUUUCUAAAGUGAAGUAUCCACCAGAAAACAGACGGGGAAUGCUGGGAAACCCUCCGACGAGCCGCAACCCUCGGCGCCGUGUUAUUCAGCGACAGAAUAUCGGCGAAUCACGCAUGUAUGGGCUUUUGGCUAGUACUUGUGCUGUUAGUAUGAUAUUACCUUACCCUAGAAUAUACUACUAGCUGCCAGCGGGCAGUUAAUUAAUAUGACGCAAAUACCGGCUGCGGCUGAUGGAACUUGGCUCAAAUAUUCAUACAUAAAGUUCUCGGUCUGAGCCUAAAGACAUACAAUAUGCUGAUCUACUCGAGGUUCGCAGUUAAUUUCUGAGGAGAUUUAAAGGCAACAAGUCUAGGAUAUUCUUCGUUCAGCAGAAAUAUGUCACAAGAGAAUAGCUCUGUACAGAGUCCGCCUCAAUAAGGAGUAUGUUAAGAGGGUAGUUUGGGAUCUUUGAAUGGUGAUCAUGGGUGGUUAUAUUAUCAGGAUUAAGCGCAAUAUUGCAUUUUUAUUUCCAGAUAAUCCAUAUUUCCAAAAUACCCCCGUAUUUGGGACAAGUAGGAUUUAUCUGAAAUACACGUUAACUACUUACGUGGCAAGUCAGUUUGAGUCAAGGUCCAUGAGCGCACGAUCGAUGGUGCAGCAUGUGAGCAUUAGUCACGUUUAUAGUGAACGAUUACACUACCAACGAAGAGCUAAAGUAUGCAAUAAGGUCCUUUGAUCGCCCAGCAGUUUUAAGUUUCUUUUCGUCACUAAAAUUUAAUAUGCCGUUCUCUACACCUUUCAGAAAGAUUGUCCAACAGGACAGCUGAACCGUUCUGCAUUUCUCAACAUGUACACACACUUUUUCCCGGACGGCAAAGCCAAAGACUUCUAUGCGCACCUCUUUAGGACGUUUGACCAGGACAAAAGCGGACAGAUUGACUUCUCCGAAUUCCUUACGGUAACCUCUCUGCUAUUCGUGAAAUUUUAUGUUGAGAUUUAUAUUUAUGGCUACGUCUUUAUCCGCGCGCAAUGUAACUGCAUAUUUAGCUGUACAGCAGUGGUGCGUGUCGUCAGGGCUAUAAAUAAUCAUCAAUUUAUAGGAUUCCAAAAUCCCUCCUCGAAAAUGAUGAAGUAAUAAUAAGUUAAUAGUUAACUAAAUCUUUCUACGGGAAGGCUAUCAUUGUAGGUAUUCCAGUCUGCAGAAUCGGUUCAUCCUCCUGCUCCUGCAACAGAUUUUGGGACUUAAAUACGGUAGAAUUUCUGUUCUACAGUAAACGUAAAACAUAUAAAGUACAAAAGGAGACUCUACCGGAUGCUUCGCGAUAUGCGAAAAUUCAGGCUCGUAAGGGUGGCAACAUUGGACAUUUAGUUUGAAGUCGCCAAUAACUAUAGUCCAGCCUCGACGUGCUUCCUACGGAUUUGAUGGUCAAUGAGGCAGUUUCUAAAACGAACACGUCAAUUUGAUAACCCUGCCGCUUAAGUGAGAUCUGGAUUUGGCGCACAAACUCCUUUGUUAUACUACAAUGGUGGGGAAUUUGAGCUGUUUUUCUGUUGGACGUAGCUGUCAUUUUGGUUUCCGAGAAUGAUAAUUUUUAGGACUAGUUUCGGCGAAUUGCCCUAAAGUCAUCCCAGAUGGACUUCAGAUGUGCAUUGAAGUGUUCCAUUUACUGGAGUCAUUGAACUGGCAGACACGUAGUCUUGCCAACAAUUAGUCAGAUACGUUUCACGCUAACAUCACCUCUAAACGCGUUCUCAACUGUUGUCUCCCUAGGUCUCGGGUUGCUGCCGCAAGUGCAAGGUUCAAAACGGUUUUUGGAGAGGCCACUGGGAAUGAGAAAUGAGCAACAAUCUUCAUUAUAAAUGCAAAAAGUCCUAUAAUUACCUCUAACUUAUAGAAACCAUUGCUUGGCAGAUAGCUAAUGAGUAGGAAAACGCAGGUCUACCUACGACUGAACAUCAGGGUUUAAUUAUUCAUUUCGAUAGGACCUUCCUACAUUUUAAAAUGCUUGUAAUCGGACCCACCUCCUCAAGUGGGGCCGAGUACGUGGAACCUUAGCGACAACGCCGUAUUUUCCUUGUGUAAGCGAUCUGUUAGCUUUCUCGGCCAAUGCAUCCAGAUUUCUCUCUGGCCGUCUUGUCUUACAAUCGAGUGAGCGAAGUAGAUGCUGCACAAGUCUCCUUCAAUAUAAGCUAAUUUCCGCGCCAGCUAUUACAAUACACUACCCAAAAAUACGGUUGUCUUCACCGCGUGCGAAAGAUGAGCUGCUGUGCUGGCGCCUAAAUAGAUUGUUAAGGUGGGACCAGAUCUUUUGGUUAUUCGUCUCCCCAGUUCCUUCAGGAGAUCAUCUGUUUGACGUCCGCGUUGCCGACUAAGCAAAAUAAUAAGUAUUUUAAUGUAUGCUUUUCAUUAAAUAUAAUUGGACGUUAGAUGCAUCGAAAAUCACUGAGAAAAAGCAAUACUACUUAAGAAACUAUUUUUUACAGAGUGUAGUUUUUGUAUGCAGCCGAAAGGAAGUUCCUUUGAAAGCCGGCAUCCUUAUUAAACUGAAUUAUUAUACAAUUUUGUUGCAGAUUGACAAGUUUUACAACCCUACUUAGUUAAACUUUUUGAAACAAAAAGGUAUUUCGGUUGAUAUUUAAUGAGAUGGCACCUCUACUCAAUUACUAUACCUUUAGGAAAAUUAAAUCGGAGAGCAAGAGAGGCACAACAAAUAGUGUUUACAGCCCAUUCUGUAGGAUAAAAAUAAUCGCACGUCAACGCCGGAUAUAAUUAAGUGAAUGGAUCUUAACGCCCCCUCGUCCCGAUAGCUGCAGCAUGCGGGAAUAUCGUCACCCUCAUAUUUUGGCUUUGAGAAAACGUCGUUCUAAGCAAGACCGUACUUACCUGCCAAAAGGAAUAAAAAUGUCAGGCUCUUGCUGAUAAUAGUGGCCUCGCCUUUGGGUAUUUAGCCGCUUUAAUAAAUUGCGAAAAUGUAGUCAUUUCUCCAUGACCCACGCAUCACUUUCGGAGAUGAUAUUUGGUAUGGUUCUAGUGCCAUGGCACAUAGGUUAUUUCUGAAGACGUUGAGACGACUUAGUUCACUCUAUUGUCGUGUUCUUAAUCCUGCGCGCACAAAAGUAUUAGUAAAGGAAAUGGACGGAUUCUAUUUUGUGGCCGCACCUGCCGUAGACAAGAACUAGCUGCAUAUCUUACGGGUCGGGGGUAAUAGAGGAUUUAACACUAACGCCUAACUUUAACCCCUAGCCCCUAACGCGGACCCCUAGCAGGUAAGUCUACGAAAUAAGAUCUCAUCAAAGAAAUUAAUUGAGUAAUGCAAUAGGGUGGCUGGUCUCGCAAAUGUCCACGGACAAUUGUGCGUAGAUAAUAUCAAAUUUCGUAAGUCUUUGCUCACGGAAUUUACACUUCCAAACGGGGCUCUGAAGUUUAAAGCAGGCUUUCCCUCCUACUCUUCAAUUAUUCGGCCGCCGCCCACUUGUUGACAGUGGGUGUGGGGUUUGUUGGACAAUCAGUUGAAAAAAUUUGUUAGUAAUCAAACCUGCGUUGUCACCUAUAAAGAGAGAAUAAGAGAGGGUUAGAUUUUCAGUGUGUAUCAACAUGGUUGCCCACUGUCGUUGUGCAGUGAACAUGACGCGUUUGAAUGUUAUAUCCUCUAAAGCCAUAACUCUGCUGUCAUUACGGCAAUUCAUACCACAGUUGUAUGUUAAUGGUUCUCUGUUGGGCGUUUGGGAAUAUUGUGCAGUUAUUAACCAGUAGCUGGCGGAUUUGGCUCAAAUGUCCAUAUCGAAUUACAGACUGGGCCUAUAGAACUUCGUUCUGAUUGUAUACGCCAAGUGAGACGUUGAUUUCUGGAGAGACUAAAAGCUGAAAAAUCACCAUUCGCGUUUCGUUAGGCGAAAGGGAAGACAUGACGCGUCAUCAUUCUACACACCACGUGCAAUAAAAAAUCCUGGAUAUUGAAGUUAACAUCGGGAGAUUCUCUGACAUGCGUACAGUUUCUGCCUUCUCUCUGUGGGUCAGCAUUUUGAUUUUGGUCCUGUACCGAUUUUCCCAUUUUACGCGCUAAAAGAAUUUGCAGAACAUCCUGACGUUCCUUUUAAAAAGUAAUUAAAAAAACUGUUUCAACGUCACCGUUCACGGCAUAAGAAGAGUAAUAUAUAUUAUCGUCCAAAAUUCGGUCAGCGGCAGCUGUCCUCAAGAUCUUCACGGGAAUUUAAUUCUGCUUUGUGUGGUGGGCAUUUUAUUUUUUAAUACCAUUUUUGGACAGCGUCUUUAUUUAUGAAGAAGAAGAUUUUGAAGGGAAUGCAUUGUUUAAAAAGUGUUCUCAACAAAUUAAUCUGCAGAUUCUUUGCAGCAUCGAGAACGUUUUCGUAGAUUGGUUGCCUAACAGCAAAUUUUAUGUUCCGUUUAGUUGUGGGUCAGGAAAAAAUAAUUUUCCAUUCAAAUGCGCCACGGAAUGUAUCAAACUUAACUACAUUUUUAAAAGUGGCGUGCUUGAAAUUUUUACUAUUAAGAAAAUACUUGACAACAACUAGUAACAUUAUGCGUAAUGUCUAUAUAAAAUUGUCAUUGUUCGGGCUUAGUUGCUUAGUUUGAAGAAAAGUUUAAAAAUAAUACUUUGUUUGAGGUUAACGCGAUUGGACUCCAUAAGUACUCAUUUGGUUUUCUUAGAUUGUUGGCCAAAAUGUUGAAACUGACUUAUAGUGUACAUUUUAAUAAACUUAUCAGCAUAAUUAUAUCAGGUAAGCUUACAAACGAAGUAGAGAUAACCAUUCGUUAUUGACACUUUGCCUGUUUUUUCAAGGCAGAUCUUAAUUUAUUUGCGCGGUCUAAUUUAUAUCUUGAACAAUAAUUUUCAUUUUCUCCCUAAUGAUAGUGUCCUAAUUUAACCGUACAUUAGCCAAAUUUUACCGUUACCGAUUAGGCGGCCUAGAACAGUCCCUAGCACGCAUACGAUUUGCUGCCAAAGACUACGUGAUCUCCAUCUCCCGCGUAUUUGGAAAACCUAACCCUUCUUUUCUAUUAUUGCGUUUGACGGGUGUUUUAAUGGAUAGAAUAAGGACUCGCGUGUUGCGAAAUCGACUUAGUUAAUGUGUGCAUAGCACAUUGGCGAUGUGUAAAAUAUGUCAGAUUUUGCAUGCACUCAUUGAUUUCCUGUUAUCUAGGGCGGAAAUGUACGCCAGAUUCACCGAAUCGCCAUAUUUACAGAGCUAUACAUGCGUCGCAACAAUAGCUUUAUUUAAAAUGCACAUAAAGUUGGCCGUUUCCUUGUGGGAUGAUUCGAUAUGCAGACCCAAUUUGAGCAUGUCGGAAAACUAUAGAUUGACUUUUCCAUAAGGUUACUAAUGGCUUUUUUAAUUGAAAAGCAAAAGGCGGUAUUAUGAUUCAGCCUUUCAGUAGCCUUUUUAAGAUGUUCUCCACCACGAUGGCAAUUAAAUCAUUUUACUUGUAAACGUUGUUUGAAUUAAAUAUUUUAAAUUGCUGGGAAGUGUCAGAGGUAUUUUUAGUAGAAGUAAAAUUGCUCCCCUACUGCUUCCACUGCAACGGUGCAGCAUUUGUAACCACUUUCGACCUCUGAGAGCCAGUGAAAUAACGAAAGUCCUUCUGCAAACUGUCUACAAUGCCGUGUUUUAUGAUAAAAAUGGCCUUAAUUAUCAACCAUUCUCUUCAAGCGUCCCGAUGAUAUCCGGACUUUAAAACACGACAGCGUCUCUCAUGACUGCACAGGCAAGGACAUCACUGUCUCUUAAUAGCUCCUGUUCACCUAGCUUGUCGGUGUUCAUAAUGAGCUCAUUUCGCUGUUGAAGAUACUAAUCCUACAGAAGUAAUGUUUUUACUAAUUAUACUUUUAUGUAGGCUCGUUUUUGUACUUUAAGCAGGCUGAACAUAUGGGUCUAUAAAACUUGGUCGUAACAUGUUUGAGAUCAUGCGUGUCGGUUGGAUAACCAUCUGGACAGUAAUAUCUUAAAGUGCGUACUCCCAAAUUGUCCAAGUCUGUGCAGUCAGUCCGCCUCUGUAUAAAAUGCUUCACGCAAUUGACUCUGGCCAGUGCAUUGAAUGGAAAUGAGUAACCACUGGCCUUCUCUAAAAAUCUGUCCAAUAACUUUUAUUUUGUUUUUUCAUAAAAAAUUGAAUAUCACUAUCGUCGUAUACUGCUCGUACGCUCCUAAUACUCUAAUAAUGGCCAUAGGCAUAUCUCUGGAUUGUGCAAUUUUCUGUAUUUGAACUAGAACAAAUCCAAACUCUAUAAUACUUUCAUAGAGCAUAAGACGCCACGCUGGUCAUUCAUAAUGUAAUUUAUUUAAGUUCCUUUUGAACAUUGAAGGUAGAUUAAAUUAAUGCGCGACCUCCGUAUCCAUUGUUUUGAAUCAAACACUCGUUCAUUGCAUAGGAUCCCCUGAGACCAAAACGAAGAUUUGUUUCUCUUAUGGUUAGCGCAAGUAAACGGUAGUCAGACGCUUGAGCAAUGGCCUGAUGGGAACAGAAACCUACACGUAAUAAGCGCAGACACUUUUCACAGGCAGUAUCAAAAAUUCGACCCUAUCGGAUAGUGCAUUAGGGAAUGAAAUUAAAGUUAAAUGCCCGAUCGUCCGCUUUGGGACACUAAUCGGUCUAAACAUGUGUAGACUUGCUUUUUCUACGAUGGGGUUAGGGUAGGGCUCGAUCUAAGUUUAGGGAGAUGUCUAGAGUAGGUGUCAACACAAACGUAUGGGAAGGUCGGGCUUAAUGUUAGGAUCAGCGCUGGGACUUAAUCUAGUGUCGGCUUUAGAGUGGGGCUUACACUGGUUUGACACCUUUGUUUCAUUAAGCUUAUGGUUGGAGGCGCAAUUAGGUCUACGCUGGAGGACUUAAACAAUUUCAGCACUCAGUCAUAUCAUCCCAUAUUUGCCCGGGUUUUCAAGAGAAAAUCAUAUUAGCCGGUUUUUAUAUGAAACAGAGCAAUUACAAGUUUACUAUGACGUCGCCGUAAAAUUGACUGGAAUUAUGGUAGUCUGUGGCACAAGCCGAGGGCUCAAAUCUUAACCUACACCAAUUCAAUCUGCCCACUGUGUGAAUCAACCGGCAUUGUAUCGAGCCCAACUCAAGCGGUCAUGGUAUUUCAAGUACACUGAACCUCGGGUUAGAUUAAGGAAGUCAUAUUGAUCACGCGAUGUUUAAAACUCUUAUAAGAAUAAGUUUUUCGAAAAAGUCUGGACGCUACUGAAAGUUUUAAUAGGUGCCAGCUGUUUACUGUGAGUGAUGAGGAAUUGAUUGUUAGUUAUUUUCAACGUUUUACUGUUCAUCAUAGGCAAUAAGCAUUACCCAAAGCGGAAGCCCUGAGGAGAAACUUGGACUGGCGUUCCAACUCUACGACAUAGACGGCAACGGAACGAUUGAGGAAUCAGAGAUGACUGAAAUUAUUAAAGUGAGCCGUUUGGGAUGUGUGUUCUUUGAAAAUGUUCCUUUUAUCGAUAAUGUGUUUACUUUAAUGAAUAUUUAACGGUCAUUUGUCGCCGAUCUUUUGAUGAAAGUAUAAUGACGUCGCCUAUGUAGGGUUCGCUGCGAUAAGCCCAUCAUUGUCAUAAAACCUCACUUGCAAGUCCACUCUGGUUAAUUCAUAAGGGCUGUGAUGAAAUCUGUAUUCCAAGUUUUUUUUUAUUAAGGAGCUCUAUAAAAAGAUAUAAAAAAGUACGACUUACGUUCUUAGUUAAUGUUGCACGCUACGAUUUUCUAGUUAACUGCAUUUUCUUGUCUAAAUGGCCUUUACUUUGUACUGUUAAAUGCCUAAAGCACAUUGCCCCAUUUAAAUCCCGCUUCUAAUUUUCAAUCAGAAAGCUUUCUAUCAGUAUUGGGAAGCAUUUUGUCCCGCGGCUUUGAAACUCACGGAUUCCAACAUAAAAAGUAAUAAAUGCCUACUGUUUUUAACAUGCAAUACGAAAAUUUCGCAUAAAGGGUUUUCCUUGAUCAGCUACGUCAUGCUGUUCGGAUUGUGUUUUCCAUGCAUUUACUGUCCGAGAGUGAAGGGAAGAGGUUUCCUUCAACGAAAGAAAAAAAAAUUUACAUGCACGUGAGGACGAAGAGGUGGGUUCCAGUACGCGAUUCAGAAGAAGAUGCUAUCACUGGAACAAGAAGUAUAACGAUAGGCACUGGAUUCGUAACUGAUGCGACGAUCCGCUGAGCGAGCGGUUGAGCUCACAGCAUCAGCAGCAGCAUUCGGAGGAAAGAUGCUAGCUCUCAGGUAGCGCACAUUCAACGGGACCCGACCAUAUUUUUAGUUUUCAAGAGGCCGAAAUCCUCGCAAGAGAUGACAACCGCAUGAGCCGCGAGCUGCUCGGCUCAUUGUUUACAGGCCUGCAAUCCAUCAACAAGCGGAAUGACUUUCCAUUGUCAUAUUCAGUGCUAAGAUUUUACUCGAAGAGGGGAAUUCGCCACGUGGGGAGGGCGCAGGCAAGCAACAAGCCCAGUAGCAGCGAGUCAGAUCGUCGAGUAAUCAUCACGACAGUAUCCUAUACUGACGAUGAAAUCGCUGCCUGACGCGAUAGACCCGGACUGACAAGAUGUCAUCGCAUCAGUUACGACCCCCCGCGGUGAUCGUGAGAGCUGUUAAUUAUAGUAUGCAUGCGGUCCCACGGCAGCUGCGUAUUACAAAUACUGAGCUCCUGAUGCCGGCGCUAGCCUAAACUGUUUCUGUUUCUGACGAUGCGUUCAGGUAAGGAGCCGAGACGUCAAGCUGAUAAACAACUUGCUGCAAUGAUCACAUCUUUUUUGAACGAAUUGGAUUGUGCGUCGAUAGAGGAUGAAACGAGCGACGUCAAAUUGCAACAACCUCGGUUGUUAUCGAGUUUAGGGUUUCUGAUGCGUAAUAUACGAGCCAGAGGAGUGUAACUUUUACAGGACGAGCCCUAGAUUUUAGUGGAGCAUGUAAAUUUUCCCGUUUUUAAUGAGUUUGUUUGAAGUAUUUUAAUAAUUUAUAUGUUUAACAUGUGAAUAACACGGCGGCUUGUGUGAGAUUUGAUCUAACGACAGCGUAGGCAUGUUCUCGCCACGUUGACUAAGAGGCCCCACCAGGAACCGUUAGCUUAAUCGCAUUUGGAUCCAGCUACUCGCCGAUCCUACUGCAAAAUAUAGAAGCCCCGAUUCCCAUUCUAUUUUUAUCGUAGAUUACUGCAUGUAAGAGUCACUGAUUAUAGCAAAACGUGUAUGUUUUUAAUUCUCCGGCGCGUAAUAUCUUUCUUAACAGAAGAUUAGGCUAGAGGAAGUGCCGUUGCAAUUUAAGUCCCUGUCGUGUUAAUGUGUUGGCUGCAUUAAAUCCAGCUCCUGUUUGUUACGCGUCCAAACCUCACCCUCUCACCGAGGCUGCGGGGAUUUUUUGCAGUGAUACAGUUAAUCGGAACUCUAGGCAGCUGAGUACAAGAAGACAGAGUCGGUGGAGUAAGGUUUUAUUCGUCUGCCGUUUCGGAUUUUCACUAGAUCAUACCACACGAGGUCCAUUGUCUGAUGCUGCCUUUAAUAAUGGUCAUGAGCGCAUGGCCAAGACGUUCGGUUGAUAAAAUUCUCGCGUCUGCGCUCGUGACUUCAUUCUCUCUGUUACCUACUAAGGUUUGCGUUUAGUUUUAAUCGACUCUAACCUAACGAAGCACGUCCCAAUACUGCAGGUCAUUCAACUAUAAACGCUUUUGCCUAAAAAUGCCUAGUGCGAAGGAGGCGGAAGGAAGGAUCAUCACGAAAUGACAUGUAUUGGGAACGCGGCCUGUCAAAAUGUAUCAAACAAGUCCAUUUUCUCAUUCCUAUUUACGACGUCAGACUUGAUGUGCGCUGAAGGUUCUCUGACACCUUGUUUCCCUGUCGGUAAAUGCGCUUGCGCUCUCACUGGGUAUACACAGGUCGUGUGUGUGUGGUUUCCCAGUCAUCCUCUUCUUUCUGUCGUUGCUUUUGUUUGGAUUCGUGGUCAAGCGUCUGGUGUGGACCAGGGGGUGUGGAUUUGUGCGCCAAGGUGUGGGUCUGCCAGCGUCAACCACCGGCGCCCUCCCCCCCCCCAUCGGUCUUUUUGGCUGUGCUUUGACACCGAACCAGGUGGAGGAGUAAUUGUGGCAGAUACUGUGCAAGUCUACUCUCACCAUAAACAAAGUCACGCGCAAGUCACCUUGCCUGCCUUAUCUUGCUGUAAAACACACGGUGGACAGCUUCGGUUGCGACGGUCGAACCGUCAUAUUGCAUUGUCGCGAUCAAACGUGGGAUAUUUCAUGGACUGGUGUGUGAACUCUACAGUGGUAUCCAUCCUCUGGAAAUCAAGAUCUCUGUUAACUACUGACCGCUUGUCCACCCGACUUUUGACCUACUGAUAUUCUAGGCAGUUGUUUCAAACUUGAAUGGUCGUGGAGAGGCUAUGUAAUCGGCACAUAGUCUGGAUUUCAAAAUAUCCUGUUUUUUCCCCGAAAGCGGCACUGCAACAGGAGGACGCUAGGGGUUACUUAAUGAUUCUGAUUCAAAUGGCAUCUGUUUUCGAUCAGGCGAACGUUCCAUGAGCCCACUUUCACUGCAUAGAAUUUUAUGUCACCCUAAGACAUUGGAAAAUCUUUGCGAGACUCUCGAUCCAGAGCCCGAAUUAGUCCCAUCCGUAAAGGGCCCAGCAUUGUGUUUUCGGAGUCCCUCCGUGGAGAAGAGAUCAACCAAUCGCAUCAUAAACGCCCUCAUUCUAGCUGCGAAUUGACGGACCGUAUUACUCACAUUGAAAAAUAUGAUUAGAAAUCAUAAACCUGAAAAACUAUUUCUAUUAGAGAGAGAGAGAGAGGACUGCUUUAUUUUGAAAAUAAAUUGAUGAGCAUACACUACUUAUUUAAAAGUCUGAGGUAUUUACUGUUUUGGAAAUAAGGGAUGAUAAUUUUUGGACCUGGGCACACAUGCGCACUGAUAAUACUGUCGAUUGCUAGACUCUCAGGAAGGACUGAUUUUGUAAAAUACAAUCUAGACGUUCAUAUUCCCAACUAAGUAGGCGAAACCGAGACUCCCAAUCAGUUAACGAAAUAGUUUACUUCGUUCAUUUAUAAUCUUAUUCUUCCAUGCGAACAUGAAAUGUUUUUUUUUGAAAAUCACAUGGGAUAUCACUUUUUGGAUACUUCUCAUCGAAUCAUUACGAGCACUUAAAAAGUAGGGCCUAUUCUCUUUUACAAGUUCAGCACUUCGACAAAAAUUUCAAAACCAGCAUCAGUUAAAGGUUGAGCUCCAUUCCAGUUUUAAGCUUUAUUGUCAAAGUCCAAACGUAUUCCGCUGUACAAAAGCUAAUCAUGAGCGCUGCGUAUUGAUAAUUUUGCCCGUGUGGUAAGUAAUUUGUAUGGUCACGCAAACUCAGUACAUUAAAAAUGCAAAACCUAUUACUCAAAAGUUCACAGCAUGUCCGAUUGAGUAUUGGUUGCGUUACAAGUAAUAAAAGCCUUCUAACGCGGAGAAGUAUGACUACUGACUUUGAUAUUUACCGUUCCCAGACCAGACGCAACACUAACAUUAAGUAUGUGCUAGUUAUUUGGGUUCAAAGUAGAAUUUGUUUGGUGUCUUUAUAUGCAUAAUAUCACGGGGAUUUACGGAGCGUGUAGAGUGACGGUGGCUUUCUUCUGUAGAUAUUCCGUGGUGAUUUAGGAAUGACGGGUAAUGGCCGCGACAUCUGGUUUAGUCGGGUUAUCCUUGAUUUUUCUUUCGGCAUUUCUGCUGUUAUAUGGCGACGAGGGGUAAAUGAAUCGCUCUCGGAAUGUUGGAUUCAUCUUUUAAGGCAGUAAUUUUUAUUUUUGAAUACUUAUAUUGAUAGCUUAAUGCUGAUACAACUGACAUCAGGUCGCAUAAGCACAAUACUAACACCUAGACUCAAUUUUAGCAAAUAUAUUAAUAGGUUAGCUAGACGCUUUCCCGAUAAACGGCAUGAGAUACUAUGGGCGGUAUAUGGAUGAUAUAUCCGCAAUUCCACCAAAACAAUGUGACAUUUCUAUUCUACUGGAUGAUAUAAAUCAAGCGCAAUCAUCGAUCAAAUUCACUCUGGAAGAAGAACAGUUCGGUUCAGUUCUCCUUCUGGAUGUUCUUCUGAGAAGAAGGCCUGACGGCAGCGUUCGAAGUAGCGUCUAUCGUAAGAAAACGUGGUCCAGACAAUACACUCAUGUUGGGAGUUUCGUACAGCUAAACGUUAAAGGCAAUUUAGUCCGCUGUUUGACAGGAAGAAUGCUAGCGCUGAGAAAGAGCUUAUGGCCAUCAAAAGGCUUUUUCGCCAUAACGUGUAUCCUGAUCGAUUCAUUGCUAAGAACAUGUCCAAAAGACCACCAACACCCCCCAUGCUGGGGACGCGACAAGUGAACUUUUAUGAAGACGCCUAACUCAAGCUGGAUCACAGACCUUUCCAGCAGCUGACAGCCAAGUACUGUUCCCCACCAGUCCCAUCCUAUAAGGAGAAUGCAAGGACAAACUACCAGCUCAGAGCACCUCUAUGUGUAUUUACUCUCCCACCUGGACCUGUGGGGCAGAAUAUAUUGAUCGCACGAGCCGGUGUUUGUCUAUAAGAAUAAAAGAGCAUCUUUCAGCAUGGUUAGGAAAGGGUUAAAUAAAGAACAUCAACAGCUUUAUCCUCGUGCACAUGAUAGGCAAAGAUCACCGUGUAGACGGCAGAGAGGCCUUCAGAGUGAUUUAUAAGGUGCCGUCCAGCUAUCUGGGACUACUUUUUGCAGCGCCUGUUAGCUACGGCUACGGGAACCGAUCUUGUGCGCAUUAAAGAAAUGCAUACAGGUCCUACAAAGGCCAUAGCCCAAAGCCAGCAAACCAGCCAUCCGCAUAUAAUUACCUUCCCCGAGGCCCAUCUUCUCCCUAGUGUCGACUGGAAUUUCGGGUUUUCACUCCCAUUUCUCCCCAAACCCGAGCUACAGCAUAAUUAUCUACUUACCCAGAUCCUUUAAUUCAUUAAUUCGAUAUCCAUAGAAAUGAACAGGCCUGAAGAUAACUUAUCGAAAGCAGGCGCAUGCUCGCGAAAUUGCCUUUUGAAGAAUACUAAUAAGCCGUUCCUUGUUGCCGGUUUGCAUAGAAGCACUCCAUUACAAGUAUCCUCUUUAGUGCGAAAUUUCUAUACAAUUAUGUAAAAGCAGUUAAAUCUGUUUUUGGUAUGCUAAUGUCACCAAACAAAAACGGCAAUUACUUCUCUAAAACACGCCUGGUCUUGCCAUUGUAAAUAAUUUUAGCGGUUUUUUUAUACACCAUGCUAACAUUGGAAGAAGAACGAGACAGUUGCCAAUACAAAGAGCCUGGUUUUUACUAAUCCGCUGUCAGGCCCUCCAGUUAAAUCCAUUUUGAUUGGUUCGAAGUGCCUUCCACAUCUUCCUAGAACCAAAAGGAUGUAGACCACGUCUCGGCUGAUCCCACUGGUUAGGAUUUCUACAUACAAAUAUCUCACGCAUGUUUCUCAUAAAUCACGUCAUUUUUAAACAAUACGUUGGACAUUUUGAAUUUUUGAUUCUACCUUUUCGAUGCCUGACAGGCUUUUAAGUUCAACAGGCAUUUCAUUAUUUUCUUAAGCAUACACAUACGAAUGCCUACAAGACGCUUGUUUUGAUCGAUAAAAGAUAUUGCCGUAUGCAUGUAUUUUUGAAUGGUUAAGCGUUUUUCCCAGUAAAACACUGUCAGACGCGUAACAAAUUCGGAUUUGACUAACAACAUGAACGUGGGGGGUUUUCGAACGUAAACUCAGUCCAUCACCACCUCUGGUUUACAAGUACGGCGAAAAAAUCCAAUCAUAACAAUAUCUUUGGCGACUGUGCGAAUGGGAUAUCUGAACACAGAGUGUCUGUUAGAUACCCUUACUCCCAAAAGAGGACAGGGUAAUGCGGUCGCGAUUCACAACCUUCUAAACCUUGAACUGUAGCUGGUCAUUGUGGUUUUAAGCGUAUCGGCUUUACGUCAGCGAUGUAUAUGCUGAGUUCCAGUGAGAAGGGCUGCCUAAUUAUCAGCCUCAUUCUCUCCGUCUUUCAUCUCCUGUACGUCAGUGUACUAUCAGAGGCAUCUUGUCUGGGUCGCUGCAGCGUCUGGUCCCCUUGUCUAAAGCUCGCCACGAGCAGGUUUGACAGCAGCUACGCGCCAGCGUAGACUCGAUUUAAUCUGAUUAACUCAUUACAGCAUGGUUCCCAUGCUGACCUAGCAGGAGUGUGCGGACUCAGAGCAUGGCUCCGAGUUCCAUGUUAGAUAUGCAAUAUUAAAAGGAGUUUGAAUUGAGGACCGUCAUUAGAACUUUGUCGCAUGGAUUUACGUGUUUGUGUUUAGACGGUCCAGCCUUUAACCAUUGUUUAUCUCGCUAAAGUUGUCUAAACCACUGCCCCUGCUUAUGGUUUUGCGGAACAAGCAGGGUAUAAGAUAUACAAAUUGGCAGAACUUUCGUUACUUCAGCAGCUAACAUGCAAUAUUAUCUAAUCCCCGUUGUUUGCGUAUUCUAGGCCAUCUACAUGAUGGUUGGCGAAAAUAACCCCGGCCCUGAGAACCAACCCGAUGUUCGGACAAGCGCCAUUUUCAAGAAAAUGGAUCUCAAUUCUGACCAUGUUCUCUCCAAGGAGGAGUUUAUCCGAGGCUGCAUAAACGAUGAGCAUCUGUACAAUCUUCUCGCCAGUUCGUCCAGCUAG